AUGGGAAAUAAUCAAUCCGGUUUCCCUCCAGGUGGAAAAUUUGAUUCUCAACGAGAGGCCGGCUCAAGACGUCAUAGGAUGAUGAGUGAUACCGCUAAAAUUGCUUCCCAGCUUCUUCCUUCUCCAAACGGGCCACCAGUCAUGUUUGAAGACGAUGACGAGACAAAGGCGGGAGAAUGCCCUGUGGUUUUUCGUUGGAGCUUCAGCUCUUCACAUUCUCCGAAGAAUGUGAAUAUAUGUGGGUCCUGGGACAACUGGAAAACAACUAUCCCCAUGGUGAAGUCCACCACCGACUUCACCACUAUUAUCGACCUUCCUCCUGGGAAUUAUCAAUACAAAUUUUGUGUUGAUGGUCAAUGGGUUGUUGAUGACAUGCAAGGAAAGGCUCCGGACCCGAUGGGAAACGAAAACAAUGUCAUAAAUAUAAAGGACUCGGAUUUUGCCGUUUUCGAAGCUCUAGAUCAAGAUUUUCAAUCAUCGAACGCGGGUGAAGUUCUUCGUGGGGAUUCGGAUAACACCAAAGCUAGUCACGACACUCCAAACGAUAGAGAGUUGGAGAAGCUUCGGAGUUUUUCGCAGGAAAUCCCGUCUAUGGAAUUGCUCAAAAAAGCGGCUGGACCGCCAGUAAUUCCACCCCAGCUUAUGCAGGUUCUUUUGAACAAAGAGACUCCAGAGUCUUGCGAUCCAAAUGUGCUGCCGGAACCGAACCACACGAUGCUCAAUCAUAUGUACGCACUUUCAAUCAAGGAUAGUGUGAUGGUUCUCUCGUCAACUCAAAGAUAUCGCAAGAAAUAUGUGACGACUCUUCUUUACAAACCUGUCUAA